UCUCUAGCUUGGCAGCCCACCUUGUUACUUCUUUCCAUUAUCAAUAUAUCGCACCCUCCAUCAAAACUAUAUCUGAACUCUCUGCAUUUUGCCUCUAACAUGUCAGUGACAUAUUAUCUUCUUCUCUCCUUGAUAUUACUUUCUUUGCUCGUGGUCGAUAGCCGCCGGCUCGGAUCCGCUGAUCAGAAGGAGCACCUGAAAAGAUCUGCCACUUCAUCCAUUAAGGUGGGAGAGAAGAUGAGAUCUCAAGAAUCUCAUAGAAAUGUGACUCGGAAGGAGAAGCCGCUCCCAAAAGAAAAGGGAAUGAAUGCAGCAGACAGUACUGGAAAGAGCUCUCCCUUUGAUGUGAAAACUGAAGAAAUAUAUACUACAGAGGGCACGAAGAGUACAGUGAUAGGUUCGAAGACAAAGGCAUCGACAGGUAAUGCUCAAGACGGUUCUCUUGUCAUAGUAUCUUGGCGUGUGCCUCGUCAGAAGACUAGCGAAAAGCAUCCGGGGUUUAACUUAGACUAUUCCCCGCCAAAAACGCAUCCUCCAUCUCACAAUUGAUGUGCCUAGAUACUACGUACUUUUGCUUGAAAGAGAUCAUCUCUAUAUCUUCAUUUGUCAGUCAUGGAACUGGAAGCAAUGCCAAUCAAUUUUGUAGGAAUCUGUCACAAGUAAUUUCUCGAGAACAUGCUUGUAGAGCCUCUUAAAUCAUGAACGCCGGCUGAAAUCUUAA